GCUAUUCAGUAAAUGCUAUUGAUUAUUUAAAUAAAAUUGGUGCUGUUUAGGAAUCUGAAUAUCCAUAUGUUGCAAGUAAGGAAAAAAUGCAAUAAGAUAACAGAAAAAACAUCCAAAGCAAACUCAAAAAAAACAUGGACUACAGCUACCUAAGCUUAUUUUCUGUCAGUGUCUAAUCCUCAAAUUGGAAAGGGUAUACUGGAGGUAUCUUUACAGACUGCAUUAACACCUCAACUAACCAUGCAGCUGUAGCUGUUGGAUAAGAUUCCAACAAAAACUGGUUAAUCAGAAACUCUUAUGGAACAAAUUGGGGAGUCAAUGGACACAUUUGGCUAGCUAUAGGAAACACUUUUGGUGUUCUCAGAAGAUUAGACCAAGUUAUUUGGAAUAGGGUAUUGA